AGCGGGCGUCGCUGGUAGCUGGCGGUGAAGGAGGUGUUCGCAGCCCUUCGUGGUCCCGGGCUUCGGUCCAGGGAAGCCAGGCAUGAAGAUCACGAGGCAGAAACAUGCGAAGAAGCACCUCGGCUUCUUUCGCAACAAUUUUGGAGUCCGGGAGCCGUACCAGAUCCUGCUAGACGGUACCUUCUGUCAGGCGGCGCUACGGGGCCGCAUCCAGCUGCGGGAGCAGCUGCCCCGCUACCUCAUGGGGGAGAUACAGCUGUGCACCACCAGGUGUGUGCUAAAAGAGUUAGAAACGUUAGGAAAGGACUUAUAUGGCGCAAAACUGAUUGCACAAAAAUGCCAGAUACGAAAUUGUUCCCAUUUCAAGAAUGCAGUGAGUGGAUCAGAAUGUCUGCUCUCCAUGGUUGAAGACGGAAAUCCUCAUCAUUAUUUUGUGGCAUCGCAGGAUCAGAAUUUAUCUAUGAAAGUAAAGAAAAGGCCUGGAGUUCCUUUUAUGUUUAUUAUCCAGAACACUAUAGUCUUGGACAAACCUUCUCCCAAAACAAUUGCCUUUGUUAAAGCAGUAGAGUCAGGUCAGCUUGUCUCAGUUCAUGAGAAGCAAAGUAUCAAGCAACUCAAAGAGGAACAGGGUUUAGUGAAAAACCCUGAACAGAGAAGAAGGAAAAAGCACAAGAAAGUAAGUGGCCCCAAUCCUCUUAGCUGUUUGAAGAAAAAGAAAAAAACACAGGAUUCAAAACCAUCUGCCUCUGAAAAGAAAAGAAAAAGAAAAAGAAUACGGAACAGAUCAACCGCAAAAGUACUUUCUGAAAAGGAGAAUGCGGAAGGAUGAGGAAUCCUUUGGAUACUUUGAAAGACAUUCAAACGUGAAAAGUAAAUUUCUUUUUAAAACUGAAAGAACUUAGAAUAAAAAAAAACAUUUUUGUAAAUGAAUAUUGAUCCAUAGCCUUUGCCUAAAAUUAUUUAUAAAUAAAAAACAAAACAAUGAAUGGGUUUAGGAGGUUGUUUGGGGAGAUUUUGGAGAUUGUUCGUUGAUGUAAAUCUAUUGUCUCUUUCUAUCUCAUCAUCACCCCUCACCCUUCAACAUUAUAUGUAAAUAGUUUAAACAAUCAAAUAGUGUCAAAAGGCUUGUGACAAAAAAAGAAGUAGUUGUCCCUGUUUCACAUUCACGAAGGAAACUUUCAACUCAUGUAUGGGUUAUAGAAUUUACGUUUAUAUUUCCAAAUGAUAUGAAUAUGCUGCUCCUUUUUGAUCCAUCUAUUAUUGACUUUCUACCAGAAAGAAUGGAAGUUUUGCUUAUGAUACUCAGGCAUUUUUCCAAUAUAGUAAUACAUCCUAAAUUAAAUAUUUUUAUUAUUAUGACUAUAAACUUUAUAAUCUGAACCAAAUAGCAUGCUGUGAUUGAAUUUCUUAUACUAUUUUUUUUUGUUAUUCCAGAAGGUCAUAAUGUCCUAAUUUUAAUACCUGUCUUGAUCUUGCCAUGUAUUUUAAUAACUUUGUAAAGGACCUCAAAGUACAGUUUCCCAUAUGGUAGUGUCAGAUCAUUUCUUACCCCUGGAGAUACUUCUGGAGCCUUCUAUCUUCCGACAUUGAAAG